AGUCUCGACUCCUGCCCACCCACGGCGGCAGCGGUCUUUCCUUUCGACCACCAUGAGCUCUCCAAUUUACGCCAAUACGGCCCCAGACCCCAUCUAUCAGCGGCCAGCGACCAUCUCUGAGCUCGCCGCACGCGCUCAGGACCAACUGUGGGACCCUGCCAAGGGUCUGAAGCACUGGCUGCGCACUGCAGAGAAAUCUCGCAGGAAUGGAGACUACUACGCGGAACACCAAGACUAUGAAAGGGCAUUCGUCGAGUAUGCGAGGGCCGCCACCAUUGUACUGGAGAAGCUGCCUACUCACCAGGACUACACUGCCCUGUUGAAUGCUGAUCAGCGUCAGAACCUAGGCAUGAAUGGGCAAGACAUCCUCGAGUCCCUUAGUCAGCUCAAGCCCGUGCUUGUGGACAGAUAUGAGCACUGGCAGGCUACUCAGAGUGCCACUCCAGGUUCCAGUCGACCAUCGACCGCUGGUUCACAGUACACAGACAUGACCUCAGACGAGGAGCAGAGACGUAGACGGGACGCGGAUCGUGCGCGGGAGGCGAGAGAGGCGACACUAAGGGAGCAGAGUUGGCAGCGUGGCGAGCAGGAGCGACGGAAUGCGGAGGAGCGGGAUCGUCAAGCGCGCCAGGAAACUGCACUGGCACGGCAACACUUGCUUGAGUCACGGCGCAGAGAGGAACAAGCGGCUGCAGCUGAGCGACGGGCAGCAGAGGCUAAGGCGAUGGCGGAGCGGGAAAGGCGAGCCGAGAGGGCGCGCAGGGAGGAAGAAGCACGGAGAGAGGAUGAGGAGAGGCGGAGGGGCCCAGAGGAGAGGCGACGGCGCGAGCGGGAAGGCAUCUUGCGGAGGCAGCAAGAAGCAGAAGCCUCUGCGCUCGCUGCGAGGAUGGAAGUCGCUACGCGGCUGACGCCCUCGCCCAACGGUAAUAGAUCCGGCGAGGAGACGAGUACCAGGGGCAGCUCGCGGAGCUUCCCUGUGGCAGCGCCCCAACCCGGACAUGCGCCUGGUUCAUCCCAGCAGCAAUCACUAUAUGGGCCAUCUACCGGCCUGUCGAUCAUGCCGCUCGAAAGCCCAACAAAGAACGACGACGACUCUUCAACGGACGUCGAGGGCGUGGAUCGUCAACCGUGGAGCCGUCACCGGCAUAUGGACAACACCCCAAGCAAGUCAAAACAGCAUUCUGCCAUCCAAUACCCACCUCCAAUGACCACCACCUCACCGGCGCCACCAGAGGGUCCCAUAAGAUACCCAACCCUCAUGUCCCAACAUCAGCUCAAGCAAGGCUACGUCCCGUCACUACAAUCCAUGUUCUCGAAGUCUACCCCAGCUCCACCCGCCCCUAACGAUUCCUCCCUCCUCUUCUUCGACUCCAAACCUCCCGAGAGCCAACAUUCGUACUCUUCGUCCAUCUCAAAUCCUGUCGUUCCUCCGCCUCCCAGCCACAUGUCUGUACCCAAUGGGCAUGGUCGCCAGGGUUCGAUCACGUACCCCCAGCCCCAGGCUGGACGCCGAGGACCUUCUCCCUCCGGUGCGCGGCCACCGCAGAGUUCGUCCGCUUCGCGCAUCGUCCCGAGCAACUCGAGGGACUCGACUGUCCACGACCUCAAGACCGUGAGAUUACCUCGCAGCUGCCUCCCGCGGUUCUUGUCAAUCGCUCGAGUGAACACGCUUCACAACAGGGAAACAUGCGGGUUGCUCCUCGGGAAGGACAAGGGCAGCAAGUAUGUCGUGACUACUCUGUUGAUUCCCAGACAGCAUUCGACGAGCGAUACGUGUACGAUGGAUGAGGAAGAGUUGGUUCUGCAGUUCACGGAGGAACGGCAUCUGAUCACUCUUGGAUGGAUACAUACCCAUCCAACACAGUCUUGUUUCAUGUCAUCAGUAGAUCUCCACACUCAUUCAGGCUUCCAACGCAUGCUGCCGGAGUCAUUUGCAGUGGUUUGUGCUCCAACUUCAACACCGACGUUUGGCAUCUUCCGCCUGACAGACCCGGGUGGUCUGCAGGUGAUUUUAGAGUGUACAACAAAGGAAGCGUUCCACCCCCAUCCUGAGGUUCCUAUAUACACGGAUUGUGAUAAUAGCCAUGUUCAGAUGAAGGACAUGGAGCUUGAAAUCGUCGAUCUACGGUAGCCGUGCUGCAUUCUCUGCGUUCUUCAUCUGUCCUAUCGUAUACCUCGGCAUCUGUAUCAAUCAUUACCGCUUUGUUGAGUGGAAUUUGUGCAUUGUACCACCCUGUUGUACACAUACUAUCGUUCUGGCCAGUCAUUAUGCAUAUGGAUUGUCAUGGA